AUGGCUAAAUGUACAUCUCUGUAUUUGGGAUUUUUGGCUUGGUUGUACUUAGAAAAGGAGUCUCCUGUCAAGAGUUUUGUCCUCACUUUGAAUUCCGACUACAGUACUCUGAUUUCUCCUUGCAGUGAACUUCUUGAGUUUAUUACAAGUGGCCCUGUUGUUGCCUUGGAGAUCUUGGGAGAUGAAGCAAUAUCUAGAUGGAAAAAUUUAUUAGGACCUGCAAACUCUAUGGUGGCCCGGACUGAAGCGCCAAACAGCAUUAGGGCACUUUUUGGAACUGAUGGUAUAAGAAAUGUAGCUCAUGGUCCUGAUUCCUUUACUUCUGCUGCUAAAGAGCUGGAGUUGUUUUUUCCUUCCAAUGGAGGCCGUGGACCAGCAAGUACUGUAAAAUAUACACACUGUACCUGUUGCAUUAUUAAGCCUCAUGCAAUUAAAGAAGGCAGGAAACAGACUUGGAAGGAAUCACCACCAAAGGAAGCAACCACCAUCAUCCCUCAAUAAUUUUCCUUCCUCUGCUCCAGG